AUGUCAGAUGGUGUUGAUAUUCGCCACCUAUCUCGUGUGAUUUACUCCCUAGAAGAGUUUCGCUGGUUCGCAAUGCCCCGGAAGAGAGGUGCCAGACUUAAAGAAGACUAUGAAGCGGACGUCAAACGGUAUCUAGAACUCGUCAAGAACGAAGAACUCGAGCAUGAUAUCCCUCCGAAACGGAAACAACCCCGCCCGGCCAAGCAAGCCGCCCCUAAGCGUCCCAAGUACCGCAAGUCCACCACUCCUGUUACUAAGCAAGAACUCGAUAAUAAUACCCCAGUGGACUCUCAACGUGACGCCACGGAGUCACCGGCUCAGCCAAGUCUCAUCCAUAACCAAAAACUCACCUGUCCCGGCACUGUGGCCACUCACGACGCCGCCACCUUCGAGAAAUACGUGUCUCAGACGGCAACUUACGAGACGAUGAUCGCUAAGAUAGUGGAGCAUGUCGAUGAUAUCGACGUAGCUCUUCAUCAUUGCCUUGUGGAGAAAAACCUCGACAGGGAACGCCAGCAAUGGACGAUCCCCACCUCGCUCUACGACGCCUGCGCUCUUGAGGUGCCCCAACAAAUCUCGCUUGGCGCCGAGUUGGAUGAGAUUGACUCGUUCUGGGACUCCAUCAAGUAG